AUGUUGAUUUUCUGUGAAGAACUCCAAUGGUUUGUCACGAUGCAGAUCUGCCUGCCGAACAAAGAGAAUCCUGCAAAGUGCGAGUCAGGGGCAUCUGGUUUGCAAAGAUGCCAGGGCAAGCCGAUUGGCAGGAUCCUGCUAGUGCCUAGCAGUGCUUGGGCCGUGGCCUUUUGUGCGAUUCGUCUAAGGAUGAUUGCUUGCUUCGUUGCACUGGAGAAGAGCGACGGAUCCGAGGGAGUCCCUGUUUGCAGCGACCUGUCCCAAGACAGCUGCAACGGUCACUAUGUAGCUGACAAGGACUACCUCAACAAUGGCCUGGGCUAUGAGUGCCACAUGAAAGAUGACAAGACCUGCGGCAAUGGCAAGUUGUGCGGGGUUCAAAAUCCACCUGAGAGCUUGGGUGAGAAGCAAUGCUUCGUCAUGGCCUCGGAACGGUGCGAUGCGGAGCCAGAAGUCUUCAAGGGCGCCACGGAUGGGACUUGCGCAACGUUUCGGACCAGACCUGGACAGGAGUGCAAGACUCGAUGCUACGCAGGCUAUUCACCUUCAGUUGCUGCUCUGAAGUGCAACGAGGAUGGUCAAUUCGAGCCGAAGACCUUCACCUGCGAGCCCAACCCUUGCACUGUCAAAUCAGUGCAGAAUGCUUUGGCAAGUGGCUGCAAGGAGGGCCCCAACUCGGGCGAGGCCGUCAUCCAAUCUGGUGAAGUUUGCACAACGCAGUGCAAGGAUGGCUUCUACCCUUCUGACAAGCUUUUGCACUGCCAUUCUGAAACGCUCAGCCCAGCAACCUUCACUUGUGAGUCCCCAUGUGUGGUGCCCACGGUGGCUAAUGCUGCUGGUGGUGGGGUGUGCAAAGAG